AUGGCUGAGGGCAGGGCGAGCGGCGCCGCCGGCCUCUUCGCCAAGCAGGUGCAGAAGAAGUUCAGCAGGGCCCAGGAGAAGGUACUGCAGAAGUUGGGGAAAACUGUGGAAACCAAAGAUGAACGGUUUGAACAAAAUGCCAAUAACUUCUACCAACAACAGGCGGAAGGCCACAAGCUAUACAAGGACCUGAAGAACUUCCUCAGUGCAGUCAAAGUGAUGCAUGAAAGUUCAAAGAGAGUGUCAGAAACCCUGCAGGACAUCUACAGCAGCAAGUGGGAUGGCCAUGAGGAGCUGAAGGCCAUUGUAGCGAAUAAUGAUCUCCUUUGGGAAGACUAUGAAGAGAAACUAGCUGACCAGGCUUUGAGGACCAUGGAAAACUAUGUAGCCCAAUUCAGCGAGAUUAAGGAAAGAAUUGCCAAGCGGGGCCGGAAACUCGUGGACUAUGACAGUGCCCGACACCACCUGGAGGCGGUACAGAGUGCCAAGAAGAAAGAUGAGGCCAAGACUGCCAAGGCAGAGGAAGAGUUCAACAAAGCCCAGGUUGUAUUUGAAGAUCUGAACCAGGAACUACUAGAGGAGCUGCCUGUUCUUUAUAAUAGUCGUAUUGGCUGUUAUGUGACCAUCUUCCAAAACAUUUCCAACUUGAGAGACGUCUUCUACAGGGAAAUGAGCAAGCUAAACCACAAUCUGUACGAGGUGAUGAGCAAACUGGAGAAGCAACAUUCCGACAAAGUCUUUGUGGUGAAGGGACUCUCAAGCAGCAACAGACGCUCUCUAGUCAUCUCUCCCCCAGUUCGAACAUCUACAGUCUCCAGCCCUCUUACCUCACCUACCAGUCCCUCUGCGCUUUCCUUGAAGAGUGAGAAGGACUCCACCUCAGCAAGUGAGGAAGAGCUGGCAUCUGAUCCAGCCCAGGGAGAAGAUAACUCCGAGAUUAAAAAAGAGCCCUUAAAAGACAAGGAAAUAGAGGAGGAGGCAGAAGCAAGCUCCUCUGAGGAGGAAGAGCCUCUGCCAGCCUUCAACGGCCCUUCCCAGGCCCAGCCCUCACCCACCGUUGAGGGUGGAGAGUCCCAGGAGGAAGUUCUCCCUUGCUCCCCAGCUCCAUCACCAGGCAGAGCUCUGAUCCCUUCAGAGCAGGCUUCAUCUCUCCCAGAAGUAGUCCUCCGAACCCGCACCUCAAGUGAAGGAUCUGAACAGCCAAAGAGAGCCUCUAUGCAGAGGGCCUCAGCACCUGAUAGGCCUCCUCCACCCAGAGCCACUCCUAGCCCGAGGUCCUCCUUAGGGAACAUGCCCUCCAGCCCUCCAGCCUCUGAACAGAGUUCACCCACCAGCCCUAGGGCCUCCUUGGGGGCUGAGACUCCAAGUCCUAGGGCCUCCUUAGAGGCCUCUCCUGAUCCACAGCCACCAGAGAAGCCAGCAAGAACUCCUGAGGCCGGAGAAAAGGAAAACACCGAUAAUCUGAACCCAGAAGAACUUUGUACUGCCCCAGCCUUGAUGAUCUCUCAGAACCAAGGUCUUCAGCUUCAUGUCUCUGCGGUUCCAGAAGAGAGCAGCGUCAUAGCACCCGAGCCUCAAGAAGAGGUGUCUACCAUUCAAAAUGCACAACUCUGAAGAGGAACUGCCAAGACCUCCCCACACACACACCUCCCCAGAAAAGCCCCUCAGCUAGAGGAUAUAAGUCAGAGGGACUUAAGAUCCAGCAUUCAUUUAUGGUUUCUCAAACUAUGAAUGCUGGCGGUCUCUAAAGACCUAGCAUUAAUGGAGGCUGAGGAGCAGACUUAGGGGAGGGAGGGAGGCAGUCUUGGGAGAAGAGACUGUUAGACUCGGAAUAUUUAAUUCAGUUUUUAGCAUUGUUAGAAUAAUAAGACUUUAUAUACUAAUGAAGUGGGGCUAAAAUGACUAUGAAAAGCACAAGCAUCUGUAGACAUAGACAUUUGUCCACCCACAGGCAUAUAACCACACAUACUCAGAGAAUAGUGAACAGAUCUUUGAUUUACCACUCAUUUUGCAAGACUUAAAACCAA